GGAAAAAAUGUGGAACUGAUAUUAACAUUACGCAAACGACACGGUGCAUGUCAUGCAGUUUCUUUCUAUCGUAUGAAAAUUACUGUUUUUUUUCUAUCGUACACACAAUUACUGUUGUGUGUAUGGUAUGAGGUGCAGUACUGUACAAUAUUGCAUGUGCUUGUUGUAGUUUAUAGCUUGAAAGGAUGGAGAAGAAUGGAGGAAAACCGCACCAGCAGCAUUAUGGGCUGGUUUCGUCAGCGUUUUGGAAAACAAAGGAAUGAGUCGGACCAAAGCAAAGCAAGCACGUGUUCUCAGGAGUGCUCAUCUGGACACUCCAACACCACGUCCAUCUCCUCUUCCUCCUCUUCCUCGUCUUCCUCCUCUAAACCUUCGACGUCAGCGAAACCGUCUGUCUCAGAAGAGCCUCUUCCCUCGGUGCUCUUCUCAUCCUCACGCUCAUCUCGCAGAUUUGACGUGUAUCUGUGUCACACUGAGAAGGACUUUGAUCUAGCACAGAGUUUGGCCGGUUUCCUUGAAGAUCCCUGUAAAGGCCUGCGCUGCUUCCUGCAGGACCGGGACUGUCCUCUAGGCGGCGCUGUGUCCACUGAGAUCCUGCGGGCCGUGCGGGACAGCCACUGCUGGGUGCUUCUGCUCACCCCACACUUUCUGGAGGAUGAGUGGUGCUUAUAUCAGAUGCACCAGGUCCUGUCUGAGGGACCCAUAUCCCAGAGGAUCAUCCCUGCCGUUAUAAACAUGCCCAGAUCCCAGAUCCCGCUGGAACUGCGCUAUGUCUUUACUGUGGAUCUGAAUGUGAACAAAGAGUAUGGCUACUCUCAAGUGUACAAGACCGUGCUUCAUUAUUUGAAGGACAUGUGUGAGAAGGAAAAGCCCAGCAAUGAGUCUCACUCCAACAGCUGAGAAGACACUAUCAACAUUCAUUGUAUUCACCGCAAUGACGCUAUUCUUCACUUCUAAGAAG